CGUUAUCACGCGAACGUUGACACACGUCCGUUCUUUUCUUCGUUUUCAAACUCGACGAAUCCUCCCCACGUGACAUUCUAUUAUUAUUUGAUCCUUUGUUUUUUUUCCUUUCUUUUUCUAAUCAUUAUAAAACAGAACAAAAAGGAAAGAUCCGUUCGUCGAGAUAGUGUUCUUAUAGGAGAUGAUGCUCCGUGAAAAAAAAUCUAAAGAUCUUUAAUAUACGUCGAUCGAUAGAUAUCGUUCAAUCGCGAUCGAUCUCUUAAUUAUUUCGAUCGAUCCAAAUAUAUGCCAAAGAGAUUUCGAUGAACUUGUAUAAUUGAAGACACGAUGUAUAAUUGAAUAGCUUAGAGGUGUGUUCUCCAACGUGUGAAGCUUUACCGAUCGAUCCCCGUCCGCGUGUGUUUUGUGCGGUGCUGUUACAAGAUUGACCCCUGCGGUUAUGUUGAAGCGUGUCGAAUGUAUCAGCAGGACCUAACGUAUCUCAAAGGAUCACCACCUUGGUACUUCGGUUGUGUCGGAUGUAAGGAUUUUCCUGGAUACAAUAGACGUCUGAGCGAGGCAUGUUAUGCGUCAAAAAAAUCAACGACGGUGGCUCGCGUGGAAGAUGAUGUGGUUAAGUAAAUAAAGAAAAAAAAUAAAAGAGAGAGAGAGAGAGAGUGAGAGAGUGAGAGAGAGAGAGAGAGAGAGAGAGAGAGAGUGAGAGAGUGUGUGAGAGAGAGAGAGAGUGUGUGAGAAGACGAAGUGGGAGGUUAAAGAGGGAGGAAGAAGAAGAAAGACCUGUCUUCAUCUUAGAAGACAUCAUCAAGAGAGACGAGAGGAAUCAUCAACAGCUGAUUCUGAUUGGUGCACGAUGCUCUGCUAUCGCGCUCUUGUCUUUCUUUUUGCUGUCAACGUGCCAAUCGUGACAGGUCUAGAGCCAGACUUCCUUUACCCGCUGCAGAACGUAACGAUUCCGCAGGGUCGAGACGCUACCUUCACUUGCGUGGUGAAAAACCUCGGUGGAUACCGGGUGAGUCCUUCCUCCUCCACGAGCGGAGAUCACUCUGGCGGCGCCAAGGCCCGGGUAGCGUGGAUCAAGGCGGACACCAAGGCGAUCUUAGCGAUUCACGAACACGUCAUCACUAAUAACGCUCGUCUGUCGGUGACGCACAAUGAUCAGAACACCUGGACGUUGAAUAUACGGGGAGCUAGGAAGGAGGAUGGAGGUGUUUAUAUGUGCCAAGUUAACACGAAUCCAAUGAAGAGUCAGAGCGCCUUCCUCGAAGUGGUAAUACCACCGGACAUCAUAUCCGAGGAAACGUCCAACGAUUUAAUGGUUCCGGAAGGUAGUUCGGCUAAGCUGGUAUGUAAGGCUAGGGGAUAUCCGAAACCAGACAUCGUUUGGAAACGAGAGGAUGGCUCGGAGAUCAUAUCUCGUGCUGGCUUGUCUGGCGGCAAAACGAAAACACUAACAGCGGAAGGUGAGCAUCUAGUUUUAUCUAAAGUAACUAGAGGCGAGAUGGGAGCAUAUCUUUGCAUCGCCAGUAACGGAGUACCGCCAUCGGUUAGCAAAAGAAUAAUGUUGCACGUAAAUUUUCAUCCGAUGGUUCAAGUACCGAACCAACUUGUUGGAGCUCCAACUGGAACUAACGUCACGCUGGUCUGCCACGUAGAAGCAUCACCCAAAGCCAUUAAUUAUUGGACUCGCGAAUCGGGUGAAAUGAUCAUCAGUAACAGCAAAUAUUCAAUGUCGGAGACGAAGACAUCUGCUUAUAGCGUGCAUAUGAAACUAGUUAUCAUGAAUCUUCAAAAGCAAGAUCUCGGUGGUUACAAGUGUAUCUCGAAAAACUCUAUCGGAGACGCCGAGGGUAACAUCCGACUUUACGAUAUGGAACUUCCAAAACAUACGAAAAAAAUUGGUGAUCGUCGUGGAGGGGAGGAGGAUAUGAACGAGUUCAUGAACCCAAGGGAUCAUAGCCUGAAUCGGAUUUAUCAGGGCUCGCUUAGGGAAGCUGGCUCAACCUCGGACCCGUCCGCCAUCGGAGGAGAUGAUUCUGCCUCGUCUACCUCAACCCUUACAGAAAGAUGCAGUUUCAUAUUCUUUUGGAUCUUCCUUCAUAUCGCAACAAAUCGACUGUUUGCCGUUUAACGAAAUAAAUCGAAUAUCAAUCAUAUAAGGGGUGUACAAGGAUUAUAGAUUAGAGUUAAUUCGGUCAUAUUUUUAAUCCGAAUUAAACGAUGAACUCUUGUGCGUGUCCAGUGUGUUAGUGUGUGUGUGUGUGCGCGCGCGCGCGCGUGUGUGUUCGUGUGAGUGCAUGCGUGUAUAUGUGUUUGCGUGUAUGUGCGUGUGUGUGCGUGUGUGUGUGUAUAUGUGUGACAAUUACUUCGAUGGACGACGACGUUCGAUCGUUUAUAAUCUCCGAGAAAUCACGAACUUUUUUCUUCUCUUUUUCUUUUAUUUUCUCUCUCUCUCUCUCUCUCUCUCUCUCUCUCUCUUUUUUUUUUCCUUCUUUUCUUUUUUCUAUUUAUUUAGUAAUGAUUAUCGAACGAUUCGAUCACUUAUUUAUCUCAUCGCGAUUAUGAAAUUACGAAGAAAUUACCGCAGACUUUAUUGAUAUUCAUAUUCAAUUAAAUUGAUAUUAUAUCUGGUGGGAGGGAGAGAGAGAGAGAGAGAGAUAUAUAUAGAGAGAAAUGUCGAUUAAAUCGCGGUCGUGUGUAAAUUAAAUAUUUUAUCAAUAUUGUCACUAUUUCUCUGUCUCUUUCUCUCUUUCUAUCUGCCUAUCCAUCUCUCUCGUUAUCAAUGUUUCAUCGAUCAAUAAUUUGUAUUCUUUAUUUGUAACUUAAUCGUUGUUUCAUUUAUUAUUGAAGGCCAUUCAUUAUUUAAAAUCAUAAUCAUUAAUCUACUCCUUCGAAUGUAAUCCGUUUUUAUUAUAUUAGAAAUGAAAUCGAAAAGAAAACUCAUCGUAAUUAAUAUUCAAGGUAAAUCGAUUGAUUUUAUUGAGUUCUCGACGUUACUAAUCCCAUUUUUUUUCUCAGGCUUAGAAAAUGAAGAAACGACCAAAUCGUGGGUCUCUUCAUCGGUCAGGUACGUUAACUUUCUAUAAAAAAGUUUUAAUUUUCAUAAUUAAAAGCAAAUAUAUUAUAUCCGAAUAAAAUAAAUUAUUGAACUCCUCUCUCUCUUCGUCUCUCUCUCUUUCUCUCUCUUUUUCUCUUUCUCUCUCUCUCUCGUCCUAUCGGAGAUUUAUAAUAAAAUUUACAUAUACCCUUUUCUCGAAUUUAAACGUUGAAUUGAUUAUCUGACGAUGUAAAUUGGGG